AUGGCUGAUGCACUUAUUGCUUCCACAAUAAAAGUGGCACUGGAGAAGACACUUUCCCUGGCCAAUGAAAGGAUUGGCACAUUAUUCCAAUUCAAGGAGGACUUGGAGACCCUGAGAGGAUCUGUUGCCAUGAUCCAAGCUGUCUUGGUUGAUGCUGAGGAAAAUCAAACGCACGACCAAGUCGUGCAAUUGUGGCUCCAGAGGCUGGAAGCGGUGGCGUUUGAUGCUGAGAAUUUGUUGGACGAGCUGAAUUAUGAAGCUCUUCAUCGCCAACUCAUGGGCAAGGUACGCUCCUUCAUCCUGUCCUCUGACAUUAAUAUUGUUUUCCCACGGAGAAUGGCCUCUAAGAUCAGGGACAUCAACAAAAAGUUGAAUAAGAUCAAUAAAGAAGCCAAUGAUUUUGGACUGAUCAGAAGGGCAACUUUCCCCCAUUCUACUACUGCUAAAGUCACACUAAAUAGAGAGACGGAUUCUAGUGUUGGCCAUUAUGUUGUAGGAAGAGCUAAGGAUGAAACAAGGCUGGUGGAGACCUUGCUAAGCUUGUCAGAAAAAGCCGUUUCUGUAAUUCCCAUUCUUGGGAUGGGCGGAUUGGGAAAGACAACUUUAGCUCAAUCUGUAUACAACAAUAGUCAAGUUCAUAGCCAUUUUGAGAAAAAAAUUUGGGUUUGUGUGUCUGACAAUUUUGAAGAGACCAGGCUUUUGAAAAUGAUUUUAGAAUCACUCACAAGAAGAAAUGUUGAAAUGACCAAUAGGGAUGUCAUCGUCCAGGAAAUUCGAGAACAACUUGUGGGAAAAAAAUAUCUUCUUGUUCUUGACGAUGUCUGGACUGAAAAGCUUAAAUUGUGGGAUGAUUUUUUCAAUUUGUUACUAGGGCUGAAUGCAACUAAUGGAAAUUGGUGUGUUGUGACUACUCGUAAACAACAAACUGCAUCCAUUGUGGCCACACAUGAUCCUUAUGUGUUAGGAAAGCUAUCUGAUGACGAUUGUUGGUCUAUCCUAAUGAAGAAAGCCAUUGCAGGCGGAGAAAUUCCUGAACAAUUGCAUGUCGUGAAAAAGGAAAUUAUAAAAAAAUGUGGUGGCCUACCGCUGGCUGCAAGUGUAAUGGGAGGUUUAUUGCGCAUGAAGAGAAAAGAGGAGUGGAAAUUGGUUUUGAAGAAUAAGCUUUCAAAUUUGAGUGGAGAUGAAGAUGGUGUCAUGGAAAUACUUAAAUUGAGUUUUGAUUGUUUACCAUCUCCAUCCAUUAAGAAAUGUUUUGCAUAUUGUUCUAUAUUGCCUAAGGAUAGUAAGAUGAAAGGAGAUAUGCUGAUCGAACUUUGGAUGGCAGAAGGUUUUCUCCAAACAGAUGUCAACAGCCAAAUGAUGAUGGAGGAAAUUGGAAUGAAUUAUCUAAGAAUUUUAUUGCAGAGUUCGUUGUUUGAGGAAACAAGAAAUUAUUGGGGAACACAUUAUAAGAUGCAUGAUCUAGUGCAUGACCUUGCAGAGUCAAUGUCAAAGUCUACCAAAGUCAUUAAUAGUGGGGAUGCUCAUAUAAUAGACAUCGGUAAUCAAAUUCGUUACCUUGCAAUAGAUUCAUCUGGUGGAGUAGACAGCAAAAAACUUUUUGCUAGUAUAUCAACUUCGCUUCAUACGUUGUUCAUCGUAAAGGGUGACUUAUCUGGUGAUAUGUUAAUAAAGUUGAAGAACUUGUAUGUUUUGAAUUUGUCUGGUGCAAGAACUCAGGAGCUACCAGUCUCAAUUGGCAAAUUGAUACAUUUGCGGUAUGUUAACCUUUCAAAUUUGCAAAUCAGUAUUUUGCCAGACUCCCUUUGCAAACUUUAUAAUCUACAGACAUUGACUCUAAGUUACUCAAAGGUUAAAGAUCUUCCGAAGGGGAUGUGCAAUUUGAUUAGCUUGAGACAUCUCCACUAUUACAGAGGUGAUGAAAAUUUUCAAAUGCCGCUAGAGAUGGGACGACUAACUUGCCUUCAGACACUAGAGUUCUUUAAUGUGGGUCGAGAGAAGGGUCGACAAAUUGGAGAGCUUGGAUGCUUGAAAAACCUCAAAGGCAAAUUGGAGUUGCGCAAUCUUCAACUAGUUAAGGAUAGGAAAGGAGCUGAGGAAGCAAAUCUAUCUGAAAAGGCAAAUCUAUUUAGGUUGCAACUUGAGUGGGCCUGGGCUUUGGAUCGAGAAGGCGAUAACUACAACUACGACAGAGAUGUGUUAGACGGCCUUCGGCCUCACCCAAAUUUGGAGGAGUUGGUAAUUCAGCGUUUUAUGGGCGAUCAAUUUUCUCAAUGGUUAAUGGAUUUGCCAACAACACUACCCAAGUUAGCACUCUUGGAGCUUUAUUACUGCCAUAGAUGCAGAGAACUCCUUCCCUUGCAAAACUUUGAGUCUCUUAAGCAGCUGGAGAUUCGUGGUUGCAAUGGGUUGACAAAUCUGCCCACUGACAUGCUACAGUCUUGUAGCUCUCUCCAGAAGCUUCGGGUGAUUGAUUGCGACAAUCUUAUCACCUUUCCGCUUGAUUUGCAACAAACGCCUUCUCUUUUGGAGGUGGGGUUAUGGGUAUGUCCCAAACUGAAAACAAGUAUGACCCCCAAAGGAUUUGGUGUCCUAACCAGUUUAAGGAAGCUUUUGAUUGGUCCCUUCUCAGAUGAUGAUCAUCAUGAAAAUUCUUCAAUUUACAAUGAAUUUGAUUGGUCUGGAUUGAUAUCCUCCUCCUCUUCAUCAUCCACACUACGUGAGCUAUUAUUAUAUGGGUUGCCACAUGCGCAGUCUCUACCUCAUCAGCUGCAAUACUUGACCACCCUCACAUCACUAUAUCUAUUUCACUUUGGAGCUGUAGAAGCUCUACCAGAUUGGUUCGGAAACUUUGUGGCUCUUGAAGAACUGACUUUAUACAAUUUCAAAAAGCUUGGACAUUUACCCUCCAUGGAUACCAUGAGACGCCUCACCAAAUUAACAUGUCUGCACAUUUAUCGUUCUCCUCUAUUAAAGGAAAGGUGCACUCCUGAGAGCAGCGGCCCUGACUCCCAGUGGUCUAAGGUUUCUCAUAUUCGAGAUCUAUGCAUAUCUGGUUAACAGUUCAUCAUCAAAUCAAUUCUCAAUCUCAAUCUCGAGCGCUUCUUGAUCUCAAUCAUAUGAACGGGGGUUAGAAUUUUGAAGCUUCUUCAGCACCAUCUAUAUGGCUGGAACUCAAUAAUUUUUGGCCUGCAUUUCCUACAAAAAGCCCAUCAACGUUUAAAACAACUGGCAGACUUGUUGGCUGCUGCUACUUGCUGCAAUUAUUUCAUCCGCUGUGGUGAAGGCUAUUAACCUCAUUCUGCCUUCUAUACUUGUUGGUUGCUCCUCUCUUCAUGUGAUUUUACACACAAAGAUCAACAUUAACCUUGAUAACUCGCUCUUACUAUCAUUUGUAAUGAAGUCCUAUGAUCCCUUGCAGAACCAGACCCUGUUUCAGUCAGAUCAGAUGAAAACAUCCGGGAUGGAAUUCCCUUUCGCUCUCUGCCUCGGAUGGCCAAAACCUGAGAUCUUCCUUGUCUGUCUGGUGUUGUUAAACUGUCCAACCGAUUCAGCAUUUUGUAGAUAUGUUAAAUGAGGUGCUAUUUUACUUCUUUUGGAACUCAAUUCGCUGUAUCUUCCGUAUUGCUCGUAGUUCAAAGUAGCCGGUAUUUUGUAGCAGAAAGAUGUGGAUUAGCUGAACCAAAUUCAUGAAGUUGUACCUUAGCUCUACAACAGGCAACGUAUUUUUUCUGUGUUCUGCAGUUGACUACAGGUUGUGUCCAAUGAUACUUUUCCAUUGCUCGUCGUGUCUGUAAAGCUCAGGACAGGACUCAGAGGCAGAGCACAAGAAUCAGUGAGCAUGAGCCCUUCUACUUUAUGUUAAUCAGAGAGCAAUUUAGAAAACUGAAUUGCUAAGGCACAAUUUUGUAUUCAAGAAAGGAUCCCAAUUGGUGAA